AUGGCAGACAAUAAACUCCCUGCAGAACUAUGGAACUAUAUAUUUGAUCUCGCUGCCGACGAAGAUGUAAUCUACCAAUACGGCCUACCGGAUUUCACCGCCGAGCAUGCGUGGCUCAAGAUCUUUCAUAGUGAAUGGUCGCUGCGUGCACCUCAAAUGGCAUUGGAUCAGCUACAAAGACAGAGCUAUAUAACCAAAAAGGCUAUUAUCUCUACGUGCAAAUUCUGGAACCAUAUAGGAACAGAAUUCUUAUAUAGGUGCCUAUUCUUCGAUAGGCCGGCCAUGUUAGUCACCCUUGCUCAGCGCUUCGCGUCCUUCGAAUCACAGCACACGAACACGGUCUCGCCAGGCUGGUGGACGAAACGGAUACAUAUCCGUCAAUACUACAGCCCAAAUUCGCUAUCUCAAGAGACGAUUGAUUACGCGUUGGCAUCCAUCGUGAAGUCUUGCCCUAACCUGGAGAUAUUUGUGGUCGACUGGCCAUUGACGACAACCUUGACAUUCAUGCGAAUUGCGGACUCCCUUGCCACGUACAGCCACAGAAACUUGCGCACGAUACAUUGGAAGGUACCCUGCGAGACGCUACCGAAAGUCAUAUGGGCCCUUGACUCGCUCCCAUAUCUAUUGUCUGCGAAUAUCUCGUUCAAGCCCCCCGUCACGGAGGACGCCAUCGAGCACCUUGGUUCAGCAUUCGAUGUGCAUUUGACGCUACGAUACCUUCAACAACUUUUUGUUGAAGGUCAUGUCGGGGAAUUCCUUGAGCAAGCGACUGGCUGGUCGUUGCCGGCUCUUCGCUCGCUCUCCAUCGAUUGCGGCGUCAAUAGUCACGACCAGCCCGAUGUAGCCACAUUUCUGACCAUACACGGUGGCGAUCUCAUGUUUCUCAACCUCAACAGUAUCCCGCCCCUUGCCGUUCGGAAGAUCCUUGAUUUAUGUCCUUCGCUCAUUGCAUUCUCCUUCAAUGCUGAUUGGCGUCUGGAGCAACAGGGCUCUAUCGCUAUGGGCACGGACCAAUCCCUCCUUGUUAAUCGACCGCAUGAAGGCAUUCGCUUCAUUGGGCUGCACGGACUUCAACACGCAUUCGGGGUCGGAGUCGUCGGCGAGAAUGCAACGCGGCAACCCCUUCCCGCCCGGUUCAUUUCGCGCACGAAUGACAGCAAUGUUGAGGCGCUGAACAGAAGCAAUUUCCCCAAUCUCCAGGUCGUACGCUGUCUGAAUCGGACGCUUCUGGAGGACCUGAACAAGGCUGACGGCCCAUCCGAAGCAUCUGGCGGGCUAGAGAGAUGGGAUCGAUGGUACAAUCGUUUCUCCAACAUAGGUGUGCGAUUAGAAGAUUGUACAGGUGCACUUCUUGGCACGCUACCUCAAGAUAACGAAGAUGGGGAUCACGAAUACGAUUCCGACGAAUAUGAAGACGAGGAGGUUUACGAGCACGAGAUUGAGGUCGAAUAUGACGGCGAGCUUGACGAAGAAGACGAGGAACUCGCGAGGUACAAGUACGAGUACGGGUAUGAGGAGGAGGAAGACGACGAAGAGGGAUGGGAAAUCCCGAUUCCACCUCUCCCUCGAAACGACGACCUUCCCAAGACGAAGGUGUUGCGUGAUCUGUUAUUGGAAUGCAGAUCGAUGAACGAGACUCGUGAGGAGCCUAUGUUCCCGUCGAUGCAGCAAUCUAUGAUGGCCCUGACGUUCAUGGGGAUGGAUAAUGGUAGCUCGUCCAUGUCGGGUCCCAGUUCUUUGUUCUGA